AUGGUGCACCCAGAGCGACAUCCGCUCGACAGUGAGGUGUUGGAGGUGACAGUUCUAGACAUAGCGGAUUUUGAAUGUGUGACUAGCGGGGAAAUCACAGUGCCAUUGAAGGAGCUUCUCGAGUUCGUGUUGCAGCGCCCAUUUAUGGGCUACAAGGGCGGCAUCGCACGUCUUGUGGGCAAGCUCGCGUGCCUGCCGCGUGGCAACCCCACGCUGGAGGCAGAGAUCGCAGGCUUCAACGAUAUCGACCUGAUCUAUUUUCUCCGCGAUGGUGAGGAGAGUAAGAAAGCCGACAUGAAGGCAGCUGUUGACGCAGGGCUCACAAUCGGGUGGAUUCCCGUGGAGGCCCCAGACGUAGAGUACACGUUUGACACUCUUGCCACGACGAUUGCUACAAGAGAUUUGACACAGAAUCAGUGCAUUGUCCUCUCGGACGACAAGGGCCGAGUCCUCCUCGUCAACAGCAAAGUGUGCCGUGAGCACUGGAUCUCUGGAACCAACGCCGUGGUGCGCGACCCCGCGCAGAGCUGCUUGGAUGAUGCCGGCCAGGUCAUAUCUUCAGCCAGGACCUUGGCGCGUGCCCUCGUCUCUCAGAUACGGGGUCGAGCAAAUCAGGUCGAGAUGGACGAAGCCACAAUGAAAUACCAUCAGUCGACCAAGCUGUCGAAGACAGCACAGUUCCAGGUUUUCAGCAAGAUGAAGAAUAAUGAGCAGUACAUGCAAGCAUACACUCAGCUGGUGCAGUGGGGCUUUUUGGACCGUCAGCAGUACCCGCAUGUCUUAUGGGGUGAAUGCUACGCGCACGUCAACCAAACACUCUCAAAGCACGGCUACCGGCUUGAGCCAGAUGGGGAGCUUGAUUCUCGCGCCGUAGAGAUCUGGAAGGAGGCCAAAUACGCGGAGCAGCACGCCCGCAGCCGCGUGAACCUGUUCCGAGAUUUCCGCUGGCACCGGGCGGUGCUGGACACAAGCUACACCAUGGAGUACAAGAUUCAGGAUUCUGAUGAUGCCCGAAGCCUCUUCCUGCACUCCAUCAGGCUGGGCGGCAACACUGGCCACACCACUCGCGACCACCUCCGUGCCGGAGUGAAUCACGACAUGCGUGCUAUACGUGUAGGUUCCGACGGGCACAUUCGAAAUCGAGAAGGUCGGAGAGCGGAGGUUGUUGCUGGAGGCACCUACAGUGACACGCAAGCUCGGGACGCAGCCGGAAAUCACCGCAUUGAACUGGGCCAGGCGGUGGCGGCUGAGAGCAAAAGGCGGACGGCUGAAGUGUUGUCGUUGAUCCGGGCGAAUGGUAGCGUGGAGUUCGAGGAAGAAGCUGCCUUGGAUGAUGCAGACGAGCCCAUGCUACGACAGAGUUUGUUUGGGAAGCUCACCAUCACAAAGACUGUAAGCCAUGUCAUUCGACUGAUCCGGCCAGGCUGGAGAGACUUCGGGAUUGCUCUUUUCUUGAGUUGCGUGGCAGCUGUGCUCUAUUUACUUGUGAUUAAGAGGCGGCUGUCGGUUUACUACCUGUUGGCUGCGGCCUUCUUCAGCGUGGCAAGCUGCGUCCAAUUCAAUAUCGCCAUCAACAAGUCGCUGUACCACGCGUUCCGUUCAAUGUUCCUGGCUCUGAUCAACAUGCGUUUGGACGCUUUCACCAUCCGCCUGUUCCCGGAAUUCUGGGCUCGCCUGACUGGUGACUCCCGCGCGUUGGCCGCAUGCUUGAAGAGCAUCAACGAUAUCUUUAUAGAUGCGUUCAUGAUCGUCGGUGCUGCCUUGGCGCUGCUGUGGCAGGUGCCACACGGCUGUUUCACACCGAGCAUCUCAGACGCUAUGCUCACAAUUUUGGCGUGCGUGGUGCUGAUGCUUGCCACUUCGCUUGUGUCCAGCCUGGCCCUGCGCGUUCGCUCGCGGAUGGUCAGGAGCAUGGUGGGCUUCACGUAUUUCCAAUCCUACUCGGCAUUGACGAGGAUAUUCGAGAUGAAGGCGAUGCCAGAAGAGACCGGCGCAGCCAUUGCUGCCUAUUCCGAGACACAGGCGGCAAACCUGGUGGAGCGCAAGAACAUGGCCGUCCUCGAGGAGGUCGUGAGCCUGUUCCUGCAGUACGUCGAGAUCGCCUGCCUGACCGUGGUGCUCCCCGAGUUCCUCGACGCGAAGGCGGGCGGAGCGCCCGGGUGCUCCGGCAGCUACUCGGUGCAGGCGGUGGCCCUCUCGGUGGGGCUGAGCGCUGUGAGGCGCCUCUGCGCCAGCUUCACGGCGGCCGUGGCCGGCGUGGGCUCCCUGGAGCGCUUCUUCAUGCUCGGGCAGACGACGCUGAUGGCCAUCGCCUCGCGCUUCGACGGCAUCUCCACCAUCGGGGACGAUUUCAUGCAGAGCGUCAAGCUGCAGGUGCCCGCAGCCUUCACCUUCUCCGUGGGGGGCUCCCCUGAGUUCGGGCCCUUUGCGCACGUGCCGGCCCUGGAGUCUGCUGGCCUGGGUCGCCUGAACGUGAUGUCCAUGCCGCGCGGCUCUGGAGCCACGUCUUUUGCCAAGGUGCUCUUGCGCAUGCAUCCUGCCCCCGCGCGCGUGAUCUUGAACGGUCAGCACAUUGAGCAGUACGAGGCGCUCAUGCUGACUUGGGUCCUGCACAUCAUUGACCAUGCCCCCUUCCCCUCGAACAUAGCGACGAAUGCUGGGCAAGGGAAGACGCUGUCUGACUUCGUGCAGCUCGGCCUCGGCAGCCUGGACCUUGGAGACCCACUGGACAUGUGCUUGGACAAGGCAGGCAUCAAGAGGAAGGCCAUGAACAUCCCGUUCGGCAUCGAGAGCACCACCUGGGCCUCCGUCAUGACCGUGCCGGAGCGUUUCCAGGUGCAGCUCGCACAGGCCCUCUACCGCAUCUCGCUGGGCGCGGUGCGGGUGCUCGUGGCCAUCGACCCGCUCCGCGGGUGCCCGCCGGCAGACGUCGAUCACCUGCGGGCGGUCUGGAUGAGAGCGCUGAAGCCUCUGUGCAACAGCGUCCUCGUCCUCGUGAUCGAGCAGAGCGGAGAUGCGGGCGCGUGGCUCAAGACCUAG